AGGUGUAUAAAUACCACUCAACCUACACAUCCAAAACCACUAAUCAAAUCACUCAUAUAAUUAAGAAGUUAGCAAUGGAGAUGGGCAAGAAGAAGAAGCUUGCCCCAUUGUCAUUGUUCCUGGCCAUCCUUCUCAUCAUCUCCUCUGAGAUGGUGGAAGAGGUUGGGGCAAAGCUGGUGUGCGACACCUACUGGUCGCUGUGCAUCGAGAAGUGCACCAAGACCGGCAAGUGCAUGCGCUGCUGCAAGUACUGGGGCUUCGUCCACGGCCGCUGCAGCCUCCUCCACGGCAUGGGCUGCUACUGCUGCUCGGACGACUCCGACCCCGGCCACGCCGCCCUCCGCCGCCGCUACCAGUACCAGCAGCAGCAGAAGAUGCUCGCCCCGCCGCCACUGGACCACCUUCUUCAUGCGUGAGCCUCAGCCUGCUCCCCCUCGGUGCUUCAUAGCAGUGCAUCUCUGCCUACGGUUCUGAGCUAUCGAAGAAGACAAGAAGAUCUCACGAACAUAUGUCAAAAAAAUGUCCCAGCUCUGAAUAUGUCAGCUCCAUUAUUACUAUGCAUCUCUUACGAUUCUUUGUGAAAUCGUUUUUUCCCCUCAUUCCAUUCAAUGACAAAUUCACCGACAAUAUCCGUAGGA